UAAAUCUGGCGUGGCAACCCUGAUGCUGAUCUGAUGCAAGAAUUCUGAACAAGCCGGAAUUUUGGAGCAGAUUGACAGUUAAACAAUUAAUUGUUUAAACAAAUUAUUUAUUAUUAAAAUAUAAAUAAUAAAAUAAUAAAAAUGGCUGAAGAAGAUGUUCUUGAUUUUGAUGUUACCAUGAAAAAGAAGAAGAAGAAGAAGAUUGUAACACUUUUUGAUCGUGAUACUGCUGCAGUAGAAGAACCUGAAACUGAGGAAUCACUUCAACCUAACCCAGAUGAAGCUGCCAAGGUUGACAGCAUUCUUGACCUUGAUAUGGACUUUGCAAACACCAAAAAAAAAAAGAAGAAGAAGAAGGAAUUGAUUGAUUUAGUUAAAAUAGAAGAAAAUACAAAUACUGAUAACCGAGACAAUGAUACUGUUGAGGAAGAAGCAUGGGUUGAUAAUGAGAGAGAUUAUACUCAUGAAGAAUUGUUGGAACGUAUUUUCAAUAUUAUGAGAGAAAAAAAUCCAGACAUGGUUGCUGGUAAAAAACAAAAGUUUAUUAUGCGACCACCACAAGUUGUUCGUAUUGGAUCGAAAAAAACUUCAUUUGUCAACUUUACUGAGAUUUGCAAAACAUUGCACAGACAGCCAAAGCAUUUGUUAGACUUUUUACUGGCUGAAUUGGGUACAAGUGGCUCUGUUGAUGGUAAUAGUCAGUUGAUUAUUAAAGGAAGAUUUCAGCAAAAGCAAAUUGAAAAUGUUUUAAGGCGAUAUAUCAAAGAGUACGUGACUUGUCAUACGUGUCGAUCGCCUGAUACUAUAUUACAAAAAGAUACACGUAUAUUUUUCCUUCAAUGUGAAACAUGUGGAUCAAGAUGUUCAGUAGCAAAUAUCAAAUCUGGUUUCCAGGCUGUUACUGGAAAACGUGCUGCUCUACGUGCAAGAGAAACAUAAAUAUUUUUAUUAUUGUAAAAUGGAAAUAUAAAAUAAUGAAAUAUAGAUGGAAUUUUUUUUGAUUCAAUCAUUAAAUUAUUAUU